GAAGCACGAAGUUGGUACAAACGACUCGUUGAAGCUAGUUCAACUGCUUCAAGCUCCCCCAUCACUCGAAUUAGGGACGCUGCGAGUGUUUCUCAAUAAUCGGAUUCAUCGCAUCGCUUGCAACGCUCCUAGCAGUUCAGGAAGUCAAACAACUCAGCAAAUUCGUCUUUACCGAAUUUACAAACGUUUCUGGUUGGAACGACUGUUGGGCUGCUAUGAUUGGCCUUGCGAGUUGCCUCUGGGCUUAUUGCGGUAUCGACGCGCCAAGUCAUCUCUCGGAAGAGGUCGACAACCCAAGCCGAAACAUUCCCAUCGCAAUCGGUGCUACAAUCAUACUGGGUAUUAUUACAGUCAUUGGCUGGAACAUUGGUCUUAUGUAUAUCAUCAAGGACGUUCAAGGGCUUAUUGCAUCGGGUGCACCAAUCAUGGAAGUGUAUAAUCAGGCUCUGGGCUCAAAAACGGCAACAACAAUCUGGGCCAUCUAUUACAUCCUUGUUUUCUAUCACAUCAUUCUCAGCCUUUUCGUCUUCUCAUCUCGGAUUAUGUGGUCAUUCGCUCGGGAUGGCAGUGUUCUCUACUCUUCCUACGUCUCUCGCCUCAGAUGGUCCAACCCAGUCCGCGCAACAGCCAUCAUGCUCUUCCUCUAAAUCAUCAUUGGAAUCCUCUAUAUCGCUUCAAAAACGGCUUAUAGUAGCUUAAUCAACCUAACUCUAUUCGCCCUCAACAUCACAGUAGUUCUGCCGCAAACUGUCUUGCUAUUCACCGGUCGCGAUUCAUUGCCAAAGAAGGCUUUCUCCUUAGGUCGAUAUGGGUACCUCGUCAAUGCGCUAGCCACCAUCUUCAUGCUUUUCUUCAGCGUUAUGUUUGCGUUCCCUGUUGCUCGUCCUGUCACUGGAAGUUCUAUGGAUUAUCUUGUCGUUAUUUUCGCAGUCAGCCUGAUGUUUGUCAUCUCUUCCUGGGUAUUGGGUCUCUCUAAACGCUUCACGGGGCCCUCAGAGGGAGCAGUACAUAUU